AUGUCUGCCAUGCCAGCCACCUCCGGCCACUCUGCGGCCUGCUGCAACCUGCCCCCGAUCGUGUCCAAGGGCUACCAAGCCAAGGGCAAAUACGAAGAAGUUGGAGGCUACAAGACUUACGUCACCGGUCCCGCCGACGCCACCAAGGCCAUAGUCGUCAUCUACGACAUCUUUGGUUAUUUUGAGCAAACCCUUCAGGGCACCGAUAUCCUUGCCCACAGCGGCGAGCAAAAGUACAGAGUCUAUAUUCCCGACUUUUUCAAGGGUGAACCAUGCCCCAUUGAGUGGUACCCGCCGGACACCGAGCAGAAGAAAAAGGAUCUCGGCGCCUUCUUUGAGAAGAACCCUCCCAGUAGCGCCGCGAGCCCUCUGCCUGGCUACGUUCAGGCUAUCAAGACUAAGAGUUCUUCCAUCACCAGCGUUGGUGUCCUCGGCUACUGUUGGGGCGGCAAGUCCGUUGCUCUGGCCGUCAAGGAAUCUUCCAACCCCUUUGCCGCUGCUGCCUCGGUGCACCCCGCCAUGAUCGACGCCGCCGACGCUCCCGGCAUCAAGGUUCCCUUCAUCCUGCUCGCCUCGGGCGACGAGCCCGCCGAAGACGUCAAGAAGUUUGAGGACGCCCUCACCGUUCCCAAGCACGUCGAGACCUUUCCCGACCAGAUCCACGGCUGGAUGGCUGCUCGCUCCGACCUGAGCGACGAUCGAGUCAAGGCCGAGUACGAACGCGGCUACAAGACCUUGCUGACGUUCUUUGGGAAGCACCUGUGA